UGACGGAUCCACCUUGCCAUACCCCGUGAUCUGCACAACAACAUAACAAAGUGGGGAAAAGAUGGCGAGCGGGGAGGAGGCCAGACGCCCCUCUGUUUCCUCCUCUUCGGUUGGCCUGGAGGCCCUAUUCCCAGCCGGGGGAUCGGAGCAAGCCUGUGGAGACGCAAACCCGGAGCUAGUGCGACUUCGAGAGCGACUCCAAGGUUGGCUGUCGCAGUACGAGCCCGCGGUGCUGUGGGUGCAGAGGCUGCUGGUCUGGGAGAGGCCCUUGUACAGCAUCAUUGCUGCUCUGUCACUUAAUACGCUGUUCUGGCUCCUGUCCUCCACCUCUUUGCGUCCUCUGUUUCUUUUGAGUGUUUCUCUCCUGGGUCUCAUAUUGCUGGAAAGAUGGAAAGAUAAGCUUCCAAAAAUAACCGUCCGGAAUCCUGAGGCUGCCAAUGUGGAAAGGGAGAGCAUGACGGUGCAGCCGCGUCUGCUGAGCGUGGCGGAGCUGAGCCAUCACCUGGCCGAGAGCUACCUGACCUGCUCCCUCUACAUCCAGGAGAUGCUCCAGUUCAAACGCCAGAACCACGGCAAGUUCUGUGGCAUGAUGAGCUGUGGGUGUGUGGCGAUGGCGUUGGUCGGACACUACGUUCCUGGAAUCAUGAUUUCCUACAUUGUCGUGUUGAGUGUGUUGCUGUGGCCACUGGUGGUGUACCAUGAGUUGAUCCAGAGGAUGUACACGGGCCUGGAGCCCAUCCUGAUGAAACUGGACUACAGCAUGAAGGGAGACACCCAGCACCGCAAACACGACAAGCGCAAGGUGAAGAAGGAGUCUGAGGAAGGGGAUGAGCCGAGGGCCGAGACGGAGAGCGAGAGCGAAGAGGAGCUGUCUUGCUUCGCGCCCACGGUGGAUGUGAAAACUACAGCGUUGGCUAUGGCCAUCACAGACUCGGAGCUCUCUGACGAAGAGGCCAGCAUCCUGGAGAGCGGAGGCUUCUCAGUGUCCCGAGCCACCACACCACAACUCACCGAUGUCUCGGAAGACCUGGACCAGCAGAGCAUGCACAGUGAGCCGGAGGAGACCUUCUCGCGAGACCUCCCGGAGUUCCCGUCGGUGGACGAGUCUUCCUCCAUGGAGCCCGGCGGCCUGUUCCACUUCCCCCUGGGGGGCGCUUCAUCCUCCACCACACUAGGGGGCUCCGGUGCAGCAGGGGAGCAGCCCGACUCGGAGCCCCUCAGCCCCGCCAGCCUGCUCCUCCAGCACCUUGCCUCCCCGCUGCACUUCGUGAACACCCACUUCAAUGGCCACCACAGCAGGCUGGCUGCCGCGAGCCAGGUACAAGGAGCUUCCGCCGCUGGGCCCAGUUCGAGGCAAGCAGCAGACGAGGAAGAGGAGCAUGACGAAGGUGACGACGACGACGAAGGUGAUGUGACCCCCGAGGCAGUGCCCCCCCGGACCAGCCGCUCGCUCGAAGCCCUGAGCGAGGAGAUUGUGAGCACGGCCAUCUCCACCGUCGUCCAGAACACGCUGUCGGCCCUGCUCCGCACCUCCGAGGCCAUGGAGGGGCCCUGCAUGGAGGAGUUUAUGCCCACCGAGACGCCCCCUUGCCCCAUGGAGACCCACCUCGAAGGCCCCACCACCACCUCCAGCACCACCGGCAGCACAGACCACGUCACCACCUCCACCUCCCCUGUCACCUCGACUCUUCCCCAGCACGCGGACGAUGACGACGACGUUGACGUUGACUUGGACGUGACGGGAGAGGCCAGCUCGGAGGAGCCGCCCGACGCCGUGACGCUGGUACCGGCCGAGGAGGAGGAGGACUUUGAGCUGCUGGACCAAAGCGAACUGGAUAUGAUGAUGGACGAGGGCUUGGGCUUGGGUUUUGGUUUUGACGGACAGGGCGUUACUACAGCGGCAACGACAACGACUGAGCCCACCACCCUUUCCCACGCGACACCAGACACACCGGCCAGCCAUGAUGAUGAGCACAGUCACACGUCCUAGUUCCCAACCCCCCCCACCCCCCACCUCGAUCUCCCUACCCCGACCCCAUCU